UUUCUGCUUUUCUCUAUCUGGUUAUCAAAUUCUCACAUACUUUCGCGUUAUAUAGAUAAACGAUAUAAUAUGACAUAAACAUACUAUGUUUCGCUGCAUCUGAGAGAUGAGUCAGGAGCGUAGGCUAACUUAGCCUAGAUCUAGAUAUUAUUCGGCGAUUAUCUGGACAAGCUACCCGAAUUUGCAUCGCCAACAUAUUAGCUAGUUAGAAUAUGUAGCUAAAUGGGAAACUAUCAUUCAGACAAGUAUAUUUUAGAAACUAGAUAUUCCAAUUUCUCACAAAACCUGUUUGACUUCAGCCAUCUGAAAUUUUAUCCGGAACGCCCAGGAGUGAGCGAAAAUGCACAAUGAGACCGGUCAGCAUAGUGACAGCAAGGACGACGGAGCCUCCACCACCAUGUCCUUCGGAAAGUACAAGUACACCGCCGAUGAGUACCAGGCGGUCCAGAAUGCACUGCGACGGAACCUUGGACCAGAAUACAUCAGCACCAGAAUUGCAGGAGGUGGUCAAAAGGUCUGCUACAUUGAGGGACACAGGGUGAUCAGCCUGGCGAAUGAAAUGUUCGGGUACAAUGGCUGGUCACACUCCAUCUCCCAGCAGAACGUUGAUUUUGUGGAUCUCGUCAAUGGCAAAUUCUAUGUUGGAGUCAGUGCAUUUGUCAAGGUCCAGCUGAAGGAUGGCUCAUACCAUGAGGAUGUGGGCUACGGUGUUAGUGAGGGGCUCAAGUCCAAAGCCUUGGCACUUGAGAAGGCGAGGAAAGAGGCUGUUACUGAUGGUUUGAAGCGAGCCCUCAAGUGUUUUGGAAAUUCUCUGGGGAACUGUAUCCUGAACAAGGAGUACCUCAUGGCCAUCAACAAGGUUCCCAAACAGCCCCAGCCACCCCUGGACCCUGCCCAGACAAAGCGCUCAGAGGGUGAGCCUCUAGUGGAGAAGGCGAGGUACUGCAGUCUGCAGCAGGGGGACAGGUGUGGGAGUGGGGCCAGCAACAGCUUAGGAACGUCGGUUAGGGGCCCUGUGGAGCAGCCCAAAGCCGAGCCGGGGCUCCAGGAGAACGGGGGAGCCAGGAACCCGCCGCCACAAACCCCUGCCCUGCAGGACAGCGAGAACAGGCGCAUCAGCACCUCCAGAGAGUCAGCAGCAGACGUGGGGGACACCUCUGGCUUCUCAGACACGCUCACAGACCCCAGACAGCAGAGGAAACUUAAGCAGCAGCAGCAGCAGCAAAAGUUUCGGCAAGAGAUGGAGGCCAAGAAGAUGCAGAGCGGGCAGCUGCAGCCCAAGGCAGAAAAUACAGCGCCACCAAGGGGAGAGGAGGCACCAAGCAACCUCCAGGGGCGGUCAGGCUCCUCGGGCCAGGGUGAUUGGCAGGUCGACCACAGCACGCCCGCCGGACGCCGAGCGACCGCGACCGCGGAGGACGAGUUCCUGGCAGAAGACUCACAACUGUGGGAUUUGAACCUGGAAGACAUCGACGUCCUGGAGGCUCAGGCAGGGGGCGCCAGGGGCGCGCACCCAUCCACACAGGGCAACGGGCACCACCAGAUGACCACCCGCAGCAGGACCCCACAGAGAGUCCAGUCACUGAGACCUCCCGUCAGACCCCAGCCCCCGAACAGCUACCAGCCCCCACACUCCACUGCCCACUCCACUGCCCAGGCAGACCAUACCGCCCACAAUGGAGCUUCCGUCAGCCCGUACAGACAAGGACAGCACGUGAAGAAACGAAAGCUGGACCCCAGAUGACUGCAUACUAGAGACAUUUAAGACUGUUCCUACAAGUUACACAUGUAAAUAUGUUAUAUAGAUAAUUUUAAAUGAUAUUUUAUUGAGUUGUUGUGUUAAUAAAUAAGAGAAAAAGGAUUGGAUUGGCUUUUUUUUGUAAAAUCAAGAA